AGGAAACACGGUUAAAACUUGACGAAACUUCCAAAUUGCUCGAGAUCAACCGUUGACCUUCUUCCAUACAGUUCUCAAUAACAACUUGAAACAAUGCCACCACGCCAGCGGCCAAUUCAGAAGUUCGCCGCAGCAGUUUCACAAUGUUCUGCUGAGGCAUCGGUAUAUGGAAAAUGCAUAGUCGCAGAUUAUAAUUCAGUCCAUAAAGACAAAUGCACCAAUGAAUUUCUCAGGUUAAAAGACUGUUUUCUGAAAGCGUCCAGACAAGCUCGAUGAGAUAGAAGGAUACCACCAUCCAUACCUUGGCGCCCAUGAAUAUCAUACGAAAGCAGCACCAUCACGAUACUUUGGAUGUAUGACUUAAUGACUCAAUAUUAAAUAGAGCUUGCUAUCUAAAUAUUUUACCAAUUCCUAAGCGUCUAACAAUUCCUUUAGCACCGUCUUCAUUGUCAAGCUUUGAGAUCAUCUAUUAAUUUUCGACAUUACAUGGCGAUGGCUUUUCUUCUAUUCCUAUACGGAUGAUAUUUUUAAAAUACGCACUUACCACCUACCCACCUAGGAUAGGUACAAAAGGAGUGUUAUCGGCGUCGAGUGCCCACUGAUAGGUGGGAUAAGCUCCACGCUACAGCACUACGGCGUAAGGGAUACCGGGGGUAAGGGGGGGGGGGGACCCUCAGCUGAGGAUUACAACUGAACCCCCGUAAAUAAACAUUCCGAUCCCCGGA